AUGUUUUUCUUUUGUUCUCAGGAUCAAUAUGAUAACUUAGCCACCCAUACUCAUAAAGGUAUCGAAUUCUUAGACAAAUAUGGGAACUUUGUGAAGGAAAGGUGCGCUAUAGAGUUAGAAUAUGCUGGCAAAUUAAGGAGGCUUGUUAAGAGCUAUCAACCAAAAAGAAAGGAAGAAGACGAAUACGUAUACACUUCAUGUAAAGCAUUCAGACUGCUACUUCAGGAGCUGGGUGACUUUGCUGGUCAGAGGGAGUUGGUGGCUGAGAAUCUGCAGUCGAACGUUGUACGCGAGUUACAUUUACUCGCUAAAGAACUGAGAGAGGAUAGGAAGGUACACUUAAACGAGGGUUCAAAGCAAAUGGCCGUCCUUAGUUCGGCCGUGGGAGCGUUGGAGCGUGCGCGCCGUUCAUACGAGAGGGCGGCGCGGGAGUCGGAGCGUGCGCUGGAAGCCUUCCAGCGGGCGGACGCGGACCUGCACCUCAGUCGAGCCGAAGUCGAGAAACAGAAGAUGAACAUGAAAUUAAGAAGUCAGGCGUGCGAGGACGCGAAACAGGAAUACAUGGACCAACUGAGGAAGACCAAUGAUGCACAGAGGCAGCACUACGAACAACGGCUGCCGCACGUUUUCAAACAGUUGCAGGAUUUGGAUGAGAAGAGAAUAAAACAUAUAAAGAAUUUCAUGAUCAGCUCGGUUGAUGUAGAGAGGAAAGUGUUCCCGAUUAUAAUGCAAUGUCUCGACGGUAUGGAACUGGCCGCUAAGAAUAUAAACGAGAAAGAGGACACUCAGUUAGUAAUAGAGAGGUACAAAUCAGGUUUCGUCCCGCCUGAAGACUUCAGAUUUGAACCCGCGAAUGGUACUGACGCUAUUGACUCUGUACCAGCGCCUACACACAACCACAUCACAGUCAGAGGAACAGUGUCCGGCAACCGGAUCAAGAAGAGAGGUGGCCUGCUAUCUAUAUUCAGCUCAAACAAGAAGAUUAUUGAGGCGUGCAACUCUCUAAAGAAUAACUUGUCGGUCGAUGGAAAGGAGGAUUAUUCAGAUUUACCGCCCAACCAAAAGAAAAAGAAACUUCAAGCUAAAGUACACGAAUUGACCAAGCAGGUUGGCCAAGAACAAGCUGCUAUGGAGGGUCUCAUGAAAAUGAAAGGAGUUUACGAAACAAACCCCACACUGGGCGACCCUAUGACUGUAGAAGGUCAGCUUAACGAAUGUUGUGAUAAGCUAAAGAAGCUACGUCUCCAACUACGCAAAUACGAAGAGCUACUGGCAGAAGCGAACAACCAAGUGUGCGCCCAGCCGAUACACUCUAUCAGCAAGACUAACGGCGCGCCCACACAAGCUACGAGCAUCGGUUCAAACAGCGGUUCUCUGUCCCGCUCGGCGUCUGAAUCCUCCGUGAGUACGGGUACCGGCACUAAUACUGGCAACACCGUAAUGGCGGUGUCAUCCCGGGCCGCGGGGGGUUCCCCGGAGUCGGGCCUCGGCGGCGAGCUGGCCGCGGGUCACGUGGAACACGCGAACGGUCACGACCACGACGACCACGACCACGACCACGACGACCACGAGUCCGACUUUGAUUAUUACUACGAGCCGGACUUACAGCCGCUGGGUUACUGCAAGGCGCUUUAUGCUUUCGAAGCGAACGGCACCGGUUCUACGAUGCGUAUGGAGUGCGGCGAGAAGCUGCUGGUGUUGGAGACGGACGCCGGGGACGGAUGGACGAGGGUGAGGCGCUCGCUCACCAGGGAGGAGGGGUUCGUGCCCACCACGUACAUCGCUACCACGCUGUACGCGGACGUGCAUCACUAG